GAGAGGUUUUAGCACUCUGUUAAAAAACUCUUGGUUGGUUGGCUGAUUGGUUGGUUUUUCCUUUCUUCUCUACUUCAUUACCCCCAAACCCAGAGAGGUUUUUCCAUUUCCAUCCAAACAAUUCUCCCCUCUAUUCUCCUGACAUGACACAACAGUUUCUCAAUUUCGCUAUUGUGUCUCCUUACAUUAUUUGAGCUCAAAAAAAAAACACCACCAGAAAACGGAAGUACGAUCUUAUUUAUUUUUCCCGCUGUUUUUUUUUUGUACAGAAUAACGUAGGGAGGUUGCUGAUUGAUUUGCGUCGGAUCACACAGGUUUGCUUUAAAGUACUCGUGCAUUGCGUUUCAUGACUUUCUGGCAUGCUUCUUGAGAUAUGGUGUUGAAGAAGAGGUUGGAUUAUGGAUUCCAUGGCUAUCAAAUCCCUGUCAUCCCUAGGGCUCCUCGAUCAGUUAGAAGGAGGGGUCCGCAUAAAAAGUCAGUGGAAGAUCACCAAAUUUGUGCAUUUGAAUUGCUGGCUGCUGUGGCUGGGAAACUGUUGCAGGAGAGUGAAAGCUCUGCUUCUAGUAAUGCAUCAGAAGCUAAGGUUCAACCCUGUCACAUGGAUGGCAUAAAAAAGGAACGGAGUGAAGAAACUAAAGCUUUCAGGACAGAGUGCCUUGAUCAGGGGAGCUGUGUGGAAAGUGCAUUUAUACCUGAACGUGUGGCAGGAGAACAAAAUUUUAAGUCUUCUGUGGAGGAUCAUCACAAUUUAGAAAACGAUUCCAUUAUCACAAGUUCUGAUUUUUCAAAGAAAGUUGAUUGUGAUUUGAAGUUGGGAAUCUGCAAUAACAAAACUGCAGAUGAGGAUAACCACUUUAAAGUAGCGGGUGGCUCCCAUCCCUCACAAAAUAUAUGCAAUGGUAAAACAGAGACUGCAGCUAAAAGACAAGUAGGGGAUGAAACCAAAUGGAGUCAAGAACUAACUGUGGCUAACUCUCCCAAUGUAAAGCAUCAAGUCGGGAAGUGUAUGAAUAGUAAAACAGUGAUUAACUCAGAUAGUAGUGUACAGUUGUCCUUGUACAGGGACCCUGUUUCUAGUGCUUCUUUUCCCAAGCACAGGAAUAAUGUAAAUUUAGGAAUUAGAGAUGAUGACGAUAAUUCUUUUGGGUUCAAUAAGUUAAGCACCAAGUUUAGGGCCUUCAGGCCUCAAGCACGCAAUGGCUACCGAAGGAUUAGGAAGAUGCUGCAAUCGAAAUACUGGAGAGUUGCACCCAAGUUGAGAGAUUAUGAAGUUUCAAAUACCAAUGAAGGAAUGAGGUCAUUUUACCGAAACAGAAAAUUUAUUCACACAAGGGAUAGAUGUCAACAUGAAGCACCGUCCAAACGAAGGAAAUUGAGUGGUCGUAGAUUUGUAGUUGCAUAUGACCAGGAAGCUAGUAGUGAAAGUAUUUCUAAUUCUCCUGAGAAGGGAGAAUAUAGGAGAUCAGAUGGUGUCUUAGAUAAAGCAAAUGGGUCAUCAACAGCUGUGAAAGUUCAUAAAAAAUCUAAGGAUUCUAGUGUGAAAUUUAGCAUAAAGUCCUUCAAGGUGCCAGAGCUCUAUAUUGAGGUUCCUGAAACUGCUACAGUUGGUUCGCUGAAGACAACAGUGUUGGAGACCGUGACCGCAAUACUUGGAGGUGGAGUGCGGGUUGGGGUUGUCCUGCAAGGAAAGAAAGUCAGGGAUGAUAAUAGAACUCUGCAACAGGCCGGAAUUUCUCAUGGUGGCAACCUUGAUUCUUUGGGAUUCAUUUUGGAGCCUAAUUUUACUCAAGUAAUUGAGCCUUCUAAAGAUUCUCCUCAGCGGUUGCAACAUGAUACCGAUGAAAAAUUCGUCAGGCCUCCAGCCAGUCCCCUUCAAAAUUCUGGACCAUCCAAUGCUGCGAUUGACCCUCUUCCUGCGACUAAGAUGGAAAAGCAGAACGUAUCUAACCAUGAAAUCAUUCUCUCUCCUAAGACCCCUGUAAUGGACUCCAAAGCAGUAGAUGGGGCUGGGACAGAGUCUAAAGCAUUGGUUCCAGUUGCCCCAGUGGGUGCAGAGGCACUAGCAAUGGUUCCCGUGAGCCAGAAAAUGAAACGCUCUGAAGUUUCACAGCGUAGAACUAGGAGGCCAUUUUCUGUUGGUGAAGUGGAAGCGCUGGUUGAAGCUGUAGAGAUACUUGGAACUGGGAGGUGGCGUGAUGUUAAAAUGCGUGCUUUUGACAAUGCAGAUCAUCGAACCUAUGUUGACUUGAAGGAUAAAUGGAAAACUUUGGUCCAUACAGCGAGCAUUUCUCCACAGCAAAGAAGAGGAGAGCCUGUGCCUCAGGAGCUUCUGGACCGAGUUUUGUCUGCCCACUCAUAUUGGUCUCAACAUCAGUCUAAGCAACAUGGGAAGCAUCAAAUUGACCCCCUGCAGAUAAUGGAUGCACAAGCAGAAAAGUAUGAGGCUUGAAGUUUCAACCUGUGAGCAUGUAAAAAUUUGUGGUAGGAAAUGAAAACCCCAAAAUGUAAAAAGAUUGUGAAAUUUUAUUGUAGCAUUGUCACACUCACUGUCACUGAUUUAUUGCCAGCCUAAUUUCUUUGAGUAGGGGUGGGCUGGCACAUGUAAAUGAUGAAAUAAAGGUUGCACUUACAAGAAUUUAGCAGCGACUCCUGAUUCAUUAUUCUAUUCUUUGAACAUAGUUGUAGAACAAAGGUGAUUGGCACGAAGAGAAUGAAAGUGCACGUUGUAACA